CGACAGCGGCGGCCGCGGCGGCUGAGUCGGUGGCGGCGGCGGCGGUAGCGGCGGCUGCGGGCUGAGCGCUGAGCAGCGAGUUUCCGAUUUAAAGCUGAGCUGUGAGGAAAAUGGCGGCGGGCGGAUCAAAAUACUUGCCGAACAGUGGAGUCAGAGACCAGUAAAACUAAACUACUUGAACAUCAUUUGCUGGUUAGCCCCAGUUGCUGAUGUUUAUUCAUGAUGAGUGGAUUAGGAGAAAACUCGUUGGAUCCACUAGCCCCUGAUUCACGAAAACGCAAGUUGCCCUGUGAUACUCCGGGACAAGGCCUUACCUGCAGUGGUGAAAAGUGGAGACGGGAGCAGGAGAGUAAAUAUAUUGAAGAACUGGCUGAACUGAUAUCUGCUAAUCUUAGCGAUAUUGACAAUUUCAACGUCAAACCAGAUAAAUGUGCAAUUUUAAAGGAAACAGUAAGGCAGAUACGUCAAAUAAAAGAGCAAGGGAAAGCUAUUUCCAAUGAUGAUGAUGUUCAGAAAGCUGAUGUAUCUUCCACAGGACAAGGGGUGAUUGAUAAAGACUCCUUAGGACCACUUUUACUUCAGGCGUUGGAUGGUUUCCUGUUUGUGGUGAAUCGAGAAGGAAACAUUGUAUUUGUGUCAGAAAACGUCACUCAGUACCUGCAAUACAAGCAAGAAGACCUGGUUAACACAAGUGUCUACAGUAUCUUGCAUGAAGAAGACAGAAAGGAUUUCCUUAAAAACUUACCGAAAUCUACAGUUAAUGGAGUUACCUGGACAAAUGAGACCCAGAGACAAAAAAGCCAUACAUUUAAUUGCCGUAUGUUGAUGAAAAUACCACAUGAUAUCCUGGAAGACAUGAACACUAGUCCUGAAAUGCGCCAGAGAUAUGAAACGAUGCAGUGCUUUGCCCUGUCCCAGCCUCGAGCUAUGAUGGAGGAGGGGGAAGAUUUGCAAUCCUGCAUGAUCUGUGUGGCCCGCCGAAUCACUACUGGAGAAAGAGCGUUUCCAUCAAACCCUGAGAGCUUUAUUACUAGACAUGAUCUUUCAGGAAAAGUUGUCAGUAUAGAUACAAAUUCACUGAGAUCCUCCAUGAGGCCUGGCUUUGAAGAUAUAAUCCGAAGGUGUAUCCAGAGAUUUUUUAGUCUUAAUGAUGGGCAGUCAUGGUCCCAGAAACGUCACUAUCAAGAAGCUUAUAUCCAUGGCCAUGCAGAAACCCCGGUGUACCGAUUCUCUUUGGCUGAUGGCACUAUAGUGACUGCACAGACAAAGAGCAAACUCUUUCGAAAUCCUGUAACAAAUGAUCGUCACAGCUUUGUCUCCACCCACUUUCUUCAGAGGGAACAGAAUGGGUAUAGACCAAACCCAAAUCCUGUUGGACAAGGCGUUAGGCCUCCAGCAGCUGGAUGCAACAGUUCAGUAGGCGGCAUGAACAUGUCGCCAAACCAGGGCUUACAGAUGCUGAGCAGCAGGACCUAUGGCUUGGCUGACCCCAGCACCACAGGCCAGAUGACUGGAGCUAGGUAUGGGGCUGCUGGUAGCAUAGCUUCAAUGAACCCUGGACCAGGCAUGCAGUCACCGUCUUCCUACCAGAACAGCAACUACGGUCUCAACAUGAGUAGCCCUCCGCACGGGAGUCCUGGUCUUGGCUCCAACCAGCAGAAUAUCAUGAUUUCUCCUCGUAAUCGUGGGAGCCCAAAGAUGGCCUCACAUCAGUUUUCUCCCGUUGCAGGUGUGCACUCUCCCAUGGGAUCUUCUGGCAGUACUGGGAAUCACAGCUUUUCUAGCAGCUCUCUCAGUGCCCUUCAAGCUAUCAGUGAGGGUGUGGGGACUUCUCUUUUAUCUACUCUGUCUUCACCAGGUCCCAAACUGGAUAACUCUCCCAAUAUGAACAUAACCCAACCAAGUAAAGCGAGCAGUCAGGAUUCCAAGAGUCCCCUAGGCUUGUAUUGUGACCAGAAUCCAGUGGAGAGUUCCAUGUGUCAGUCCAAUAGCAGGGAUCACCUCAAUGACAAGGAAAGUAAGGAGAGCAGUGUGGAAGGCUCAGAGAAUCAAAGGGGUCCUCUGGAGAGCAAAGGUCACAAAAAGUUACUGCAGUUACUUACCUGUUCCUCCGAUGACCGGGGCCAUUCCUCCUUGACCAACUCCCCGCUGGAUUCAGGAUGUAAAGACUCGGCCAUUAGCGUCACCAGCCCCUCUGGGGUCUCCUCUUCAACCUCUGGAGGAGUGUCCUCCACAUCCAAUAUGCAUGGGUCAUUGCUGCAAGAGAAGCACCGGAUUUUGCACAAGUUGCUGCAGAAUGGGAACUCGCCGGCCGAAGUAGCCAAGAUUACUGCCGAAGCCACUGGGAAAGACACUAGUAGCACAGCAUCUUGUGUGGAAGGAAACGUCAAGCAGGAGCAACUAAGUCCUAAGAAGAAGGAAAAUAACGCUCUGCUUAGAUAUCUGCUGGACAGGGAUGAUCCUAGUGACACACUCUCCAAAGAACUGCAGCCCAAAGUAGAAGGCGUGGACGGUAAAAUGAGCCAGUGCAGCAGUUCAGCCAUUCCUAGCUCAAGUCAAGAGAAAGACUCUAAAAUUAAGACAGAAACGAAUGAAGAGGGAUCUGGAGACUUGGAUAAUCUAGAUGCUAUUCUUGGUGAUCUAACUAGUUCUGAUUUUUAUAAUAAUUCCAUAUCUACAAAUGGUAGUAAUCUUGGAACCAAGCAGCAGAUGUUUCAAGGAACUAAUUCUCUGGGUUUGAGGAGUCCGCAGUCUGUGCAGUCUGUUCGUCCUCCAUAUAACCGAGCAGUGUCUCUAGAUAGCCCCGUUUCCGUUGGCUCAAAUCCUUCAGUAAAGAAUAUCAGUGCUUUCCCCAUGUUAACGAAGCAACCCCUGAUGGGUGGCAAUCCAAGAAUGAUGGAUGGUCAGGAAAAUUAUGGCUCAGCUAUGGGUGGACCCAACAGAAACGUGGCUGUGAAUCAGACUCCUUCCUCAGGAGACUGGGGCUUACCUAACUCAAAGGCCAGCCGAAUGGAGCCUAUGAAUCCAAACUCAAUGGGAAGACCAGGAACGGAUUUUAACGCCUCUCUGCCCAGACCUGCAGUGGGUGGCUCCAUGCCCACCAUGCCUCUUCGGUCCAAUAGCAUCCCAGGUGCGAGACCAGUGUUGCAGCAGCAGCAACAGCAGCAGCAGCAGAUGCUUCAAAUGCGGCCUGGUGAGAUUCCCGUGGGAAUGGGGGUCGGUCCUUAUGGCCAAGGAGCACCAUCGAACCAACCUGGUUCCUGGCCAGAUGGCAUGUUGUCUAUGGAACAAGGCCCUCAUGGGACUCAAAAUAGGCCACUUCUUAGGAACUCCCUGGAUGAUCUCCUUGGGCCACCUUCUAACCUGGAAGGCCAGAGUGAUGAAAGAGCAUUGUUGGACCAGCUGCACACACUCUUGAGCAAUACAGAUGCCACAGGCUUGGAAGAAAUUGACAGAGCCCUGGGCAUUCCUGAACUUGUAAAUCAAGGACAAGCUUUGGAGCCCAAACAGGAUGCUUUCCAAGGCCAAGAAGCGGCAGUAAUGAUGGAGCAGAAGGCAGCAUUGUAUGGGCAGACGUAUCCAGCACAGGGGCCUCCAAUGCAAGGAGGCUUUAAUCUUCAGGGACAAUCACCAUCAUUUAACUCUAUGAUGAAUCAGAUGAACCAGCAAGGCAGUUUUCCUCUCCAAGGAAUGCACCCCAGAGCCAACAUCAUGAGACCCAGGACAAACACCCCCAAGCAGCUUAGAAUGCAGCUUCAGCAAAGGCUGCAGGGCCAGCAGUUUUUGAAUCAGAACCGCCAGGCACUUGAGAUGAAAAUGGAAAGCCCCAGUGCUGGUGGGGCUGCGGUGAUGAGGCCCAUGAUGCAGCCGCAGGUCAGCUCCCAGCAGGGUUUCCUUAACGCCCAGAUGGUUGCCCAGCGCAGCAGAGAGUUGCUGAGUCAUCACUUCCGGCAGCAGAGGGUGGCGAUGAUGAUGCAACAGCAGCAGCAGCAGCAGCAGCAGACGCAGGCCUUCAGUCCACCCCCUAACGUGACUGCCUCCCCCAGCAUGGACGGGGUCUUGGCCGGGCCUUCAAUGCCCCAAGCUCCGCCCCAGCAGUUUCCGUAUCCUCCAAAUUACGGGAUGGGACAACAACCAGAUCCAGCCUUUGGUCGAGUGUCUAGCCCUUCCAAUGCGAUGAUGUCAUCAAGAAUGGGUCCCUCCCAGAACCCCAUGAUGCAGCACCCUCAGACCGCACCCUUGUACCAGUCCUCGGACAUGAAGGGCUGGCCGUCAGGAACCCUGGCCAGGAACAGCUCCUUUCCACAGCAGCAGUUUGCCCCCCAGGGGAACCCUGCAGCGUAUAGUAUGGUGCACAUGAAUGGCAGCAGUGGUCCCAUGGGGCAGAUGAACAUGAACUCCGUGCCCAUGACCGGCAUGCCCAUGGGUCCUGAUCAGAAAUAUUGCUGACAUCUCUACACCAGGACCUCCAAGAAAAUCACUGUAUAAAUGACACUGCACUAGGAUUAUCGGGAGUAAAGAAUCCUUGCUCUAGGCACCCAGCUUUGAAGAAAGGACCAGCUUUCAUCUCUGCCAAGAGUAUUCUAAGUAAUGUCAUUUGAGCAGGACUGGAUUUUAGGCCGAAUUGUAGUAUCUGUUUGUUUUUCUAUUUCCCCCUCCUUCUAUGUAUCAUGGUGUUUCAAACAAAUAUUUUUGGCAUUCUGUCAUUUCAGGAUGUGAUUCUGGAGGUACGGAGAGUUACUGAUCACAAAACUCUCCUGUAUCACUUUUUCCUGCUUGGCUAUCCAGAGUCUUUGGGAAAAAUGUAGAUGAUUUCGUAGAAGUCGGUUUCUUUAGUUGCAAGUAUUGGGCGAAGAGCGUGCCCCCAAACUUUUUUGUCAAGACCAGGUGGUAGUUCUGUCCCGUGGAGUUGGUGUUUCGUUUCUGAGUUCUCCUUUAAUCAAAGUGUUGAGUUGCUCUGACCCUAGUCUUGGUCCUCCUUUUUCCUGAAGAGAAUUUUCAUCUGCCCCUGAUGUCCUAUAAUACUUCCCCUCCAGGAACUGUCCAUGGUGACAAUUGGCUUUGCAGAAGGGACAAUGAGUGACAGUAUUUAAUUGCAGGAGUAGCAGUUUUUCACAUGCUAACGUGCAGCUGAGUGCACUUUAUUUAAAAGUAAUGGAUAAAUGCAAUAUUGUCGAGGUCUUGAGGAUGGUGAACCACAGUCCUGGUUUUUGUCCGAUCCGUUGGACAAGAACUCUGUUGUUGCUGUUGCUGUUGUUGUUGAAAGUACUGGUGUCACCCUUUGCCUAUAUGGUAGAGCAAUAAUGCUUUUUGAAAAUAAACUGCAGAAAACCCAAGGCCAGGUACUGCAUUCUGAAUCAGAAUUUCGCAGAGUUUCUGUGAAUAGAUUUUCUUUUGUAAAUAUGACCUUUAAGAUAUUGUAUUAUGUAAAAUAUGUAAAUACCUUUUUUGUAGGUCACAACAACUCAUUUUUACAGAGUUUGUGAAGCUAAAUAUUUAACAUUUGUUGGAUUUCAGUAAGUUCAUCGUGGUGAGGCUACAAACAGAAGAGUCAUCCUCUGAAUUUUGUGGCUUGGGGGGAGGGGCCCGUGGUCCACAGCUUUUCUUCACUCCCAGCUUUCGAAGCUCGCUCUUCUCAGUCUCUUCAUCUAGAUGCUUUUUAAGGAGAUCAUUUGUUUAGAUUUAGGCAUGUAAAAUUUUAAAAACUUCCUCUACCAGAACUAAGCACUUUGUCAAUUUGGGGGUGGAGGGGGGAAGAAUAGAUACAGGGAAAUAAACUUUUAAAAAAAGAGAUAUCAAGAAUAAAAGAUCAAUUUGAUUUCAAAAAAAAAUCUUGGAUUUUAAGCAGUCCAUAAAUUAAACAUAGUAAUUCAUUGUAUUUAAACAAAUUUUUUAAUUGAAUUUUUUCGAGUCCAUUUCAGAAGUGUCCUAAGGUUUUGGUUGCUAGGACCUGAGUCCCACAUUGAGAUCUCGGGAUUGGAAUCCUUGAUGUAUAGUUUCUGGUGUCUGUUCAGAUGUCCUCUCAUUCUGCUAGUGUGAUGUUUUCACCACUCCCAGAAUUAGAGUAGCAUCAUGGUUAUUUCUUUAAGGAGCUCAGUCUCCACGCAGCCGGUCUCAUGUGACUGAGAACUGCGGUCUGACUGGGCGCCUCUGCAUUCCUUCUCUCCUCUGCCGCCUCUCUUUUCUGCUGCUGCCCUUUGUCAGUUGGGAAUAGGGAAGAAAAUCAAGUUUAAUUCCCUUUAACUGGUUUCCUUUAUCAUGUUCGAACAAUCUAGUGAAAUUGGGUUUUUGGAACAUCUGUGAAUUGCAAAUGUCUGUUAGCCUUGGUGUCAUUUCCUAGCAAUAACCGAGAGCCAGUUAAAAAUUUCUUUACACGUUUAGCCAAUCUUUCUAGGUGUCUCUGAAGGUGAGAACAUUUAAUUUUUUGGACUUGCUUAUGAAUAAGUGAAACCUAUAUUUCUAGAACUGCCACUGGAGUGGAUCUGAGUUUCACACUCCCCUCCACCCUCCACACGUGGGUCAAAAUAAGAUUGUAAAUCCAUCCCCUUCCGUGCUAGUGGCCUGUACUUUUCAGAUAACACAUCCUCUGAUCUGGAGACACACAGAGCUGAGGAGGAGCCUCUGUCUUUUUAGACACAGUUGUGUCAGGUCUAUCUUAACCUUUCUUGUUGAAGCCACAUGUGUUUGGGGAGAAACAGAAUGGUGCUCUGACCUUUCCUGACCUUUAAAACUUAAUGAAAAACAAAACAGUUUUGUGGUUCUUUUCCUCAGUCACUCCUGACUCCAGGCUAACUGGAAGGCAGCACCUCCUUUUUAUAUGGAAAAAUCCUGAAGUUUAUUAUAAGUUUUUAUAUUUUCUACGUGUUCAUUUUAUUGGUGCAAAUUUAAGAUUUUGAUUUUAAUAGAUGCAGUCUCUGAGAUAAUUUGUUGUUUUUACCUGUAUUCCCCUUUUACCUUUUUUGGAUAAUUCUCUUUCUAUUCCUGCUGCCUACCUCUCUCUCCUCCCCCCGCCCCCCACCCCCACUUUUUUAAACCUUAGUGUCUGUUGGGUGAACAGUAUUGAGUAACCCUUUCAUCUGCUUUUAGAAUGUGAGAUAUUUCCAGUACCUACUUUUUUGCUGAAUCCAAAGAUAUAUAAAUGUAUAUAUAUAUUUUGUAAAGAUCAAAAUGAUAAAAAGGAGAUACAUUUCUUCCUUUAAAAAAAAAAAACAAAAUAGAAAUCCAUUGUUAAUGUUCAUAUUACGAUGCCACUUUUCUAAAUUGUGCGUCUUGAUGGAAAGGUGUAAAUAUCAAUCAGCAGGACUGCUUAAUCAGUAUUUAAUAUCUAAGGUGAGUUGGGGAUGUACAGGGGUGGGGUUCUCCAGAACACAGUUGGCUUGCUGUCCUACAGGUUCCCUGAUCCAGAGAUAGAUGUAGCUGGAAAGUCAGCAGAUUAGAUUGCCAGUUACCCGUAUGCUUGUCCAGUUCCCUUUUUAUUUGCAGAAGCCAUGAAUUUGUUCACAAGUGGGGAAUUCAUAGGAGUAAAACCUUUUGGGUAGAUGGUGUCCCCUGCUGCAAGGGAGCUGCUGUUCAGCUCCAGGGCAGGUUGUGUAGUCAUGAGCAGGGCGUUCUCUUUUUCUUUCCUUCCUUCUCUCUCUCUUUACAAUAUAGGGAAUUUUGAAGAAGAUGGAAAUGUCAUUCUGAGAGCAAUAUUUAAAUUCUCAGGAAUUGACUGACAGUAUUGCAGAUGAAUUCACUUUUAAUCAAGUUUACAUUAAAUGUUGCUUUUAAAAAAUCUGAAUUGUUCUUUACACUGCAGAGACUCCAAACCACAUGGGAUAACUUAUGAGAUGGUUGGGUAAUGCGCUAUGACUCCUUUGUUGAUCAUGUUGGAUGUGGUUGUAAAUAAAGGUUUCUAUUUAAAACGGAA